AUGGAGAAAAAAGUGGAACAAAAGAAAAAAGUUUUCAAAAUUUCGAGUACUGGUAGAUUACUAAAACCUCCAAGAAAGUUGCUGACAUCUUCGGAUGAUGAGUCUAAACGUCCCAAAAAGAAAUUUAAGAGUAGUCAAUCCACGAAACGCAUGACGCAGGAAAUUGACCGACUACGACUGAUAGUCAAAAAAUUCGAGAAUACCGAAGACGACAAAAUAUAUGUUAGUGCAUCAGAUAAUAAUGAUCCAGAAGUCAUCAUGUGUGAAAAAACGAAAGAAACAUUGUCUACCUCUUCGAAAGUUAACAGUGCUGCCCCGAUUACUGAAGAAAAUAAGAAAGUUUCGAAAACUUCGAGCACUGGUACAAUAUCAAAACCUCUAACAAUGACAUCUUCGGACAAAGAGUCUAAACGUCCAAAUAAAUCGAAGAGUGACCAAUCUGUGAAACACAUGAAGCAGGAAUUGAACAGACUGCGACUAAUGACAAAAAAUUUGGAGAAUUCCGGGGGCGAAAAAAAAUGUGUCAAUGAAUCGGAGAAAGAGAAUAUUUCAAAUACAUUUAAAAAAUUGAAUGAUUCAGAAGUUAUCACGUAUAAAAAUUCCCAUUUUUCAUCCCAAAUGGAAGUUGAUACACCUUGUACGAAAACAAAGGAUGAAGAAUUAUUGGAAUUAGGUUCCGAUACGGAAUUUGCACCAGAUGCUAAUGAAUCUUUGGACGAAAAUACCGACGAAAAUAAUAGUCCAUCAAUGCUCGACUCCAGACCAUAUCUAAGGAAGAGAUCUCGACUUGCAUUUUAUCCAGUCAAGAAUAAUGCAAAUGCAACUGAAAAUAGUGCUACAACACUAGUGAACAACACUAGUGAAAGUUCCGAAGAUGUGAUCUAUCCUAGUCCUACGCAAAGUCCUACCCUUGCGUCUAAAGUCAAACAAUUUUGGAUUAUGUCCUUCGCCUAA